AUGGCGGCGGCUCACGAGGCUGAUGGCCUUCAAGUCAUCCCUGGAGAAGGCAUAGUCCCCGGCGGUGUCGGCAGAGAGGAGGUGGUCGAGGAAGUCGACCUCCUCCGCCUGCUCUCUCCUUCCCGCCCGCCUUUCGUGCUCCGUCAUGAUCUCGUCGAGGAGGACAUCAAACUUCAUCGCCAGCUCCAUCAACCUCGAGUCUGCUCCAGGAAGCCUUCUCACCCACGCCAAGCUGGGGAAGAGCUCCUCCAGUCUCGGGCCGCUGAUCAUCACCGUGGAUUCGUCGAUCGCCUCUUGGAACCUCUGCGUCCUCACCUCCCUCGCCGGGCAGCUCCCGGCGACGACUCUGCAGAUGAGGCCGUUGGAGAAGGCGUAGAGGAUUCCGCUCAGGUCCACCGUCGCCAGAGGAGGAGACGACGAGAUCUUCCGGAUCAUCAGCGCAAUCUCCUCCUCCCGCGUCCGGCGGAGGGACUGGACCUUCUUGAGGUUGAGGAGGUGGACGACGACGGCUUUCCGACCCCGCCGCCAGUGCUCGUCGUAUGGGGCGAACGACACAUUGCGGCAGCCGUUGAUGAGGGCAGCGGCGGCGGUGGAGAAGGGCCUGGUGACGAAGGCGAUGUCCUGGGUCUUGAGCACCUUCCGCGCCGCCUCCACGGAGGAGACAACGAGGGUGGGGGACUGCCCGAGGUGGAGGAGCAUGAGGGGGCCGUACUUGCGGGAGAGCUCACGGAGGGGGCGGUGAGGCAGGGCGCUGAGCUGGUGGAGAUUGCCGAUGAGGGGGAGUUUGGGCGGGGACGGCGGGAGGCGGAGGCCCUCCUUGUUCUUCGGAGGUCCUCGCAGGUAACAGGCGGCCGACAGGAAGAGGAAAGUCGAGAGGAGUAA